UUUCGUCUCUUUCCCCCUCCCUGUUUAGCGGAGCCGGGAAAGGAGAAAGUAGAGGGAGACCCCCGCUGGGCUGGGCGCUUUCGGGUGCCGCGCUCGGGCGAGUGGUAGCCGCCGGAGGGAGGGCCCUUCGAGGGAGCUGUUGCUUUCCCAGCCGCCGCCGCCGCCGCCGCCUUUUCCUCUGCCUCCUCCUCGGUGAAGCUCCCUCUCUCUGUCCCCGCCCGGGACUGAGUCCAUUGGCUACAAAAUGGCGGACGGGGAGCUGAAUGUGGAUAGUCUUAUCACCAGGCUGCUAGAAGUGCGAGGAUGUCGUCCUGGCAAGAUUGUGCAGAUGACAGAAGCUGAAGUUCGGGGCUUGUGUAUAAAAUCACGAGAAAUCUUCCUUAGCCAGCCCAUUCUCCUGGAACUAGAGGCACCGCUGAAGAUCUGUGGUGACAUUCACGGCCAAUAUACAGAUUUACUUCGAUUGUUUGAGUAUGGGGGAUUUCCACCUGAAGCCAACUAUCUUUUUCUGGGGGAUUAUGUGGACAGAGGCAAACAGUCCUUGGAAACCAUCUGCUUAUUACUUGCAUAUAAAAUCAAAUAUCCAGAGAAUUUUUUCCUCCUGAGAGGAAACCAUGAGUGUGCUAGUAUUAAUCGCAUCUAUGGAUUCUAUGAUGAAUGUAAACGGCGAUUUAAUAUCAAGCUCUGGAAGACAUUUACAGACUGCUUUAAUUGUCUGCCAAUUGCAGCCAUUGUAGAUGAAAAGAUAUUUUGCUGUCAUGGAGGACUAUCGCCAGAUCUCCAAUCAAUGGAACAGAUCAGAAGAAUUAUGAGACCCACAGAUGUUCCUGACACAGGCUUGCUCUGUGAUCUGCUAUGGUCUGAUCCGGACAAGGAUGUGCAAGGUUGGGGUGAAAAUGACCGUGGAGUCUCUUUCACUUUUGGAGCUGAUGUGGUCAGCAAAUUCUUGAACCGUCAUGAUUUGGAUUUGAUUUGUCGAGCUCAUCAGGUGGUUGAAGAUGGCUAUGAAUUCUUUGCUAAACGACAGUUGGUAACCCUGUUUUCUGCUCCGAAUUACUGUGGAGAGUUUGACAACGCUGGUGGCAUGAUGAGUGUGGAUGAAACUCUGAUGUGUUCUUUUCAGAUUCUGAAACCGUCUGAAAAGAAAGCAAAGUACCAAUAUGGUGGACUGAAUUCUGGCCGUCCAGUCACUCCACCUCGCACAGCUAAUCCUCCAAAGAAGAGGUGAAGAAAGGAACACAGUAGAAAAACCAUCAGAUCUAUUAAGGACAAAACUCCAUAUAUACAGUAUAUAAUAAGUGUGCACUGUAAAACCAUCCAGCCAUUUGACACCCUUUAUGAUGUCACAUCUUUAACUUAAAGAGACGGGUAAAGGAUCUUUAAUAUUUUCUAGUUGACAGAUGUGCAACACUGUAUUGUAACAAGUAUACUCCAAGUUCUAAUAACCAACAUAGAGUAAAAUCAGAUCUAAACAAAUUAUUUUGGUUGCAUAUUCACAUCACCGUUUAAAAGUUGACCAACAUCCCAAUUUAGGCUUGAUGUAAUAGUUAAUUCAGAUGAGAGCAUGAUGUUUCAUUUGUGUAAUGUGGUCUUACUGUUGCUUGAGUGCUUUUAUUUCUAUUAUUUUGUAGCUAGAAUGAUGGCAAAGUAUCUAGUCAUGUUCCUUGGCUGAAAAUGAAUUGUGAAGGGGUUUGAGGGGAGCAGCUACUGCUGUUCUCUCUCUUCCCAAUAAUCUUGCUGACUAAUUGUGUGCCCCUCUAAUAGGAGUAUAGUGUCUAAAGACAAACAAAGCUCAAGCUAGUGAGUAAUACUCCGUUUCCAGAUAGCCCAGCAGUCAAUGUUUCCCAUGAGACCGAGAACUCCUUGCUUUUUAUCUUAGAUUGCCACAGAUUGAAUUGUGCACUGCACCAUUUUAAACUAACAUUACACUCACAAUAGCACUUCAUUUAAUUAAAAUAGGGCAAGAAUGGUAUUAUUAGUUGGUAACUUGAUUAUGUGGUACCUUGCAUUAGAUUUUAUUAGCAUGAAACACCUUUUGGCAUGCUUAGCUUCCUGGUAAUGCCAUACUUGCAUUUAAAGUGCAUUCUGCAUCGCUCACCCAAACAUGAAGAUCCUUCCCUGAGAAGUCUUGAAAAGUUAGCCCUUGUCUCCUCCCUCCACCCCACCCCCUGGCCAGUGCUUCAGGAGGGUUAUUUAAAUGAAUGUUGAUAAGUGAGCAGUAGGUUAACUAUGGCUGGUGGUGGCUGGACUGUCUAAUAUUGCCAUGUGAAUGUUCUACAUGAUUGUAAGGCUUAUGUCACUAAAGAUUAUAUCCUCCAGGUUUUCAUGAUCAAAGUUCAUAUACUAUUGUAGAAACUUCUGCUUUGUAGUUCUAGUAGCAAUAAUUUCUGUACAUGAUUAGGAGUUGAUGCAGUAUUUCUUUUCCUGUUUUCCUUAAAGGGUUCAUAUUGACAAAUGGCAAAGUGUAAAGAUAUGUGCAACAUUUGUAAGAGGAUAAAAAUGGAAAGGCAGAGAUUUCAUUGGAUAAAAAUUCAAAUUUUUAUUGAAUACUAUUAAAUUUAUAACUUUCUUUACAAGGGAAGCUUCCAAUUUAUACCAUUCUAAAUGUGCAACAAUAAAUGUAAAACUCUUUAAUAUUGUCUUUGCAAAUGUUAAAUUGAGGGUUCUAUUAACUUGCAUUUUAUGAAAUGGCACGUAUUAUGCAAGAUUUCUGGCAAAGUGAGGAUUUCUUUUGAAGUUAAGUCUCUUUUCUAAUUCCAUUUUGUUUUAAACACAUAUUAAAUGUAGUUUUUUCAUUUAGUAAAGUUGUUUAAUUGAUUUGAAGUCUUGACUGGUUAUUCCAAACUUUGUUCAUGAAACCAUUUGCCUUUGAUGGCGUACAAUAGGUGCCAUGUGGACAAACACUUAAUCUUAACACAAAUAUAAAUGCUCAUGAAUGGACAGCCCUGUGAUCCUGUUCUGAAAUAAUAGAUCCCAGUUAUGUAUUAGAAUAAAUGUGCAAUGCCAAGCAGCUGACAAAAUGUUACCUGAAGAUUAAUGACUGACCAUCAGUUGUUUCCCUGGUAAUAUUCCCAUCUGACUGCAAAAGCGAGAGUUUCCUGAGCCAUUACUAUAUGAAAAAAGAAUACGCAGAUGCCCACAUGAGCGUGACAAGGUGGAGGCAGUGCUUUUCCAUAACCAGCAUUUUUAUGUAAAAUGGGUGAUAAUUUUGUUUUGUCUUUUUUACACUAUAGGAAUACUCAUUUCAGAGAACGUAUGGAAGCCCCAAAUAUGUUUAAAGUCAAUAGUUUAAUGUCUACAACUGGCUUUAAUAUUCUUCUGGGAAAUGGCUGUUACUACGCUGUGCAUGUAAAGCCUCUUGAAAGACAGCUUUACUUUUGGGUCAGCUGUAAUUGGUAUUCUUGCCACUGCCUCACAUGUCACUUAUUAAUGUCUAAUAAUAUAUCUUGCAGUUUUAAUAUCAGUAAAACCAAUGAAUGGCUAAAACACCCACUUGUGAUCUUUAUCCUGUAAAUAACAUUACUGGAAGCAUAUUUUUUGAAACUACAUAAAGACAGUUCAUGAUCAGCUUUUAGAUUUUGUCCAUGAAUACAAAUACUGCCCCUUGCUUAUAGAUGUUCAGAGUUUGGUUUAAAAGGUCAAGUGAGAUGUGUCAUUUUCUUGGCUUUGCAGUUUGCUUUAAAUAUUUGGCCAUGGGUCUUUAUCCUUUCUGUGUAACCAGGAUAGAAGUAGUGAUAUAUUGAGCAUGAUUCUAAAUAUUACUUUACUAUCUGUUCUUUCCCCCUUUUCUUCUUGAAUAAAAGGAAACAAAAUCCUCUUACUGCCCCCAUAAAGCUUGUGGUGUCACUUUUCAGUAGCAUUCUCCCACACUUUACUGGUGAGUAACCUCUACUUGCUGGGGGGAGGCUUUAGUUCCUACCAUUGUUCCAUCAAAAUGUGUCAUGUAAGCAGUUUGCUUAAAGACUAUCUUGUGCAAUGAGGAUGGUCUGCUGGAUUCUUAAAUAAAAUUAGUUCACAGGAUAGUUUUUGAACAAUUUGUACAAAAGACCUGUUUUGUUUUGUUUUCACAUGUGUGAAUGCACAGAAAUCGUUUGAAACCCAUAUUGUGGAUGCAGAACAUCACGUCUGAGCUGGCUAUGUCUUGCCAGAUUGGAAGAAUAUUGAGUUUUAGGAAUAAAUAUUACUAAACCUCUUAA